CAGCAGUCGCUGUCGGGCCUCGCUUGCCGAUCGUCUCUCUGCGGAGAUCGGCUUCUCUCUCUCUCUCUCUCUCUCUCUCUCGCACCGACCUGCGCGUACCCACACGCGCGCAGCCGUACACGCAAACGCCGAGCGAGCGAGCGAGCGAGAGAGAGAGAGAGAGAGAGAGAGAGAGAGAGAGAGAGAGACUCGGACGGCCUCGAGCAGCGCCUCUCUAGCAGCGCCGCUGCUGCUGCCGCCGCUGCCAGCCAGUCAGUAAUCGCCCGAGCGGAAAGCCAGCAGCAGCAGCAGCGCCUCGCAGAGCUGCAUUGCAAUAAAGUGCGGUGUUGGCGCCGAUUUUUCGCCGCGGUCUACAGCUGUGCUACCACUUACCAGUCCUCCCUCGGCCAUCGCAGGCAGCGGUGUGCAAGGUAGAAAGUGCGAAACAGUGGGCCAGCUCUCAUCCCGAAGAGCGUACACACACACACACACACACACACACACACACACACACACACACAAACACACUGCAAUUGUGCGCGCGCGCGCGCGACAGCUCCGUGUUCCCAGGAAGAAGGAAUCGGCAAAGGAGAACGCGCCGAGAGCCGCGGAGCGAAUGGAGAACGCGGCACUACGUUUCACCAGCAGUGUAUAGCUCUCCGCGACGCACGUAUACUGCGCGAGUGUGUAUGCGCGAAAAGCAACGGUACGAUGUAACACGGCGACACGACGAUUUCUCGCACCUGUUGCUGCGCCGCCACUUACCGAUCUCCUCGCGAGAGAUAAUCAGUGCAGCGUCAAUUCUAAUACUACACCGUAUCCAGCAGUGCGAUCGAACGAAGAGAUGCCGUGGCUGCUGCUGACGCUUCGGACCGACGGCUAGAAGGAGUGGCAGCAGAGCGAGCAGUGACUGACCGUCACGAUGCGCAUGUCGCUGCUGCUGAGACUGGUGUUAGCGGCAGCGGGUGCGCUGCUGGCGAGCGCCGAGCAGCCCGGCGCAAACGAGCUCGGCCCGGCCGACGAGCGCUCCCAGCAGCGACAUCGUCAGCAGGAGCAGCAACGAGCGCGCAGCCACAGCAGGACGACGGCCCCCAGCGUCGCCGGGAGCGACGAGCCCGAGAUGGACGAGACGGAGCGGGCCAAGGCCAUCGCCGGCCUCGAGACGAGCCUGCUGACGCUCCUGGGCUUCUCCAGGAGGCCGAGGCCCCUGCAGAGGAGCGGCCAGACCCACGUGCCCGAGCAGCUGAAGCAGCUGUACAGGAGGCAGAGCGCCAGCGGAGUCGUCGACAUCGCCAAGCGGGGCAUCAACGCCGGACCGGCCAACACCGUCAGGUCCUUCCUCCACGUUGAGAGCGAGCUGGACGACAAGUUCAAGUCGGCGCACCGAUUCCGACUGUCCUUCGACGUGAGCAGCGUGCCGGCCGGCGAGCGACUGCAGGCGGCCGAGCUCAGUCUGAGCCGCGUGCCGCUGAGGCCGAGCGAGGAGCUGCCGAGGCUGGUGCGGCUCAUGGUCCACGACAUCGUGCGCCCGGGGCUCCGGGGCAAGAGCAAGCCGCUGCUGCGGCUCAUCGACAGCAAGAUCCUCGACCUCCGGUCCAACGCCAGCGUCAGCCUGGACGUGCGCCCGGCGCUCGAGCGCUGGAUCUCCAAGCCGCCCGAGCACAACCAGAACCACGGCCUCCUCGUGCAGGUGGUGGGCGAGGCGGUAAAGCCGGGCAGGCCCGAGGCGGGCUCCGAGCACGUGCGGCUGAGGCGCAGCCUGGACGAGGGGCACGAGAGCUGGCAGCGCGCCCGGCCGACCCUCUACGCCUACACGGACGACGGGCGCAAGAAGAUGUCGAGCGCGAGCGACAUAAUGGAGCGGCGGGCCCGGCGGGCGGCCCUGCGCAAGAACCGGCGCAAGGACGGCCGGGAGAACUGCCGGCGGCACCCGCUCUACGUCGACUUUGCCGACGUCGGCUGGAACGACUGGAUCGUCGCGCCGCCGGGCUACGACGCGUUCUACUGCCACGGCGACUGCCCCUUCCCCCUGGCGGACCACCUCAACUCGACGAACCACGCGAUCGUGCAGAACCUCGUCUACUCGACGAACCCGAGCCUCGUGCCGAAGGCCUGCUGCGUGCCGACGAGCCUCGGCUCGAUAUCCAUGCUCUACCUCGACGAGGAGAACAAGGUCGUGCUGAAGAACUACCAGGACAUGUCGGUGCUCGGCUGCGGCUGCCGCUGACCCGACGAUACUCUGCACCUAUAUGCCAAUGAAGCAGUGCAGCGAGUGCCUAUUUAUUAUGAAACCUGCCGAAGGCCGUUGCGCAAGCUUUUUCUCCCCGCUCGCUCUCGGCUCUCGGCUCUCGGCUCUCGGCUCUCGAUUCGCGAUUCGCGAUUGAAAAUCGCCUCGAAUUCCGCGCGCGAUAUCGAGGCACGCAGCGCGUAAUAUAACCGACCGAGUGCAGAAGAAGCGGCGAAGCAGGAGCGAGAUAGGCGAACAAGCCGAACCUCCUUGGACGCGCGUAUAAUUUAUUAAUAAGGCUGCCGAGAAAACCGGUAUAGAUUUAUAUAGUCGCGCGAGCGCGCGCCUGUCUUGGCUAUAUACUCGUUCCUUUAUGCAUACACACGACACACGGACGCACACGUCUCUGCGUGCGCGUAUAUCCAUAAAAACGAGAGGAGCAGCGCGCGCGUGGAAAAGUUGAGCCUGUCUCUCUGUAUAUAUGUACAUACUUGCGACGUCUCUCUCUCUCUCUCUCUCUCUCUCUCUCUCACUCACUCUGCGGGCGUUGUGUGCGUGUGUGAGAGAGAAAAAGAAAGAGAGAGAGAGAGAGAGAGAGAGAGAGAGAAAGUGCGCGUGGCCGAUCUUGCGUCAUUGAAACAGUCAACAACCCGAUACACGCGCAAUGCUCGCUAUGUGUGUCUGUCUGUCUGUCAGUGUGUGUGUGUGCGCGCGCCGGCGGUGAUUUUCCGAUGGAAAAGUGCGCGGGUGUGUCUCGAACGAGUCCAGAUCCUCUGCAUCCGAGCCGCCGUGAGGAAUUUCGCCUCGACGACGAGUCGCUGUCACGUACUUUUUCGUCGUCGGCGGCGGAAUUUCUCGCGAAAAUCUUUCAUUAUUUUCAUACGUCAUGUCCACGAGCCCUCCUUUUUUAUCGUAAAACCGUACCUGCUUGUAAGGAGUACUAUUUAUUUUGUCUAUAUUUGUUUUCUUAAUUUCAUAUUGUAUCGAUAUACAAGAGAAACGAUCUUUCCUCCUCUGUGUGUAUUAUAAUUGUACAAAAGAGACGGAAUAGCUGAGCAUGCGACGACGACGAAGGAUGAUAAUCUGAUGCGUAUGUAUAAGUUAUAGCGCGACGAGUGCUGGCUGUUGGGUGAUAUACUCUCUCUCUCUCUCUCUCUCUAUAUGAAUGUGCAUGACGAUAAUUGAGCGCGUGAAUCCGAUUUGAGCAACAAGCGCCCAGUGUAAAAUGUGUGAAUAGGUGCGUUAUAUAAUAUGCGUGUACACAGUGUAAAUAAAGAUUAUUGUAAAGUUUAUUGCGUAUAUAUUAUAUUAUAUAUUAUAUAUUAUACAUAACAAAAACAGUGAAAUAAAUCGAUGUAUAUUGCAGAAGGAAA